GUUUGUAUUCUUUAAACUCGGGCAUACUAGUAUUGAAUGGAUCUAUUAUCACACAUUUUUGUUGACCUUCUUUCUUCGGGGCAAGGCCGCGCCCCCUCGUGUUCCCGCGUGUUCAUCUCUGCCGCAGCAGCUGUCACGUGACUCGGGUUUCUCCUGGCUACUUCCGGUUCCUUGGCCGUCUUCCUCUGCGGGAGAAAACAACGGUUCCGCGGUGUCUUCUCCGGCGACUCGGUGCGCCUGACGUCCAGACCGUCGGGGCCGUGGGGGACACCCGUCAACGCGUCGUGUUCACCUGCCGUACAACGUCAAACUGAGCGGAGAUGACCACCGGAGGGGCGGGGAGACAGUCGGCCGGAUAAACAGACCACACCGCCCGCCCUUUCGAGUUAACGUUGGGCAAAAAAAAUUAUAAUAAUUUAAAAAGCCGCUGCUGUUCAUCUGCCGGGACGGACGCUGGCUGCUGCUCCUCUCGUGACUCGCCGUAGCGACAGCAGCCCCCCUCCCCCCCAAACGACCGCCGACAUGUCCAAAUACACGAGCUUCCCCGAGCCGACGGAAGACCCGAACCCGUUCCAGGACCCUGCAGUGACUCAACACAGCAGCAACACAGGAUAUGCCACCCUGGACCUGUACAACCCCUUUGAUAAUACCACUGCGCCUCCGUAUGAAGCCACCUCUCCCUCUGCUCCAUCUGCGCCUGCACAGACCCCACCAAGUAGGACGACCCCCACUGAGCCUCGCAACUAUGGCUCCUAUACCUCCCAGACUGCGGUGAAUGCAACCACGACAGAGCUCCUGAGGAAGCAGGAGGAGCUGGAGAAGAAAGCCCGGGAGCUGGAGAGAAGAGAGAGGGAGCUCGAGUCACACACCCUGGGAACUGGAGCCUCUCGUCAGAACAACUGGCCCCCGUUGCCUUCGUUCUGCCCUGUGGCCCCCUGCUUCUACCAGGACAUCAAUGUGGAGAUCGCUCAGCACUUUCAGCGCACCGUCACCAUCAUGUACUACUUCUGGAUGUUGUGCACUUGUGGGCUGCUCUUCAACCUGAUCUCCUCACUGGCCAAUUUCUGCGUGAACUCCUCGGGUGGCGUUGGCCUGGGACUGGCCAUCCUGUGGGCCCUCCUCUUCACCCCCUGCUCCUUUGUCUGCUGGUAUCGUCCCAUGUACAAAGCCUUCAGGAGUGACAGCUCCUUCAAUUUCUUUGUCUUCUUCUUUGUUUUCUUUGCCCAAGUGGUGGUCUCAGUCAUCAUGACCAUUGGUAUCCCUGGAUGGGGUUUCAGCGGCUGGAUCGUGAGCCUGGCUGCUCUGAACUACAGUGUCGCCGUUGGUGCGAUCAUGAUGAUGAACGCCCUCCUCUUUACUGCCCAAGCUGCCAUCGGGGUUUUCAUGCUGAAGAAGGUCCACAGCAUGUACCGGCAGACCGAUGCCAGCUUCCAGAAGGCCCAGGCCGAGUUCGCCACUGGGGUCAUGUCCAAUCAGGCCGUGCGGCAGGCCGCCACCAGCGCCGCCACCAGCGCCGCCCAGGGGGCCUUCACCACACCGCGAUAGGGAGGGACCAGAGGGGGGCUGGGAGGGUAAGAAACAAAGGAGAUCCCAUUCCGCUUGUUAGGAGAUCUGUUUGCUAUUUAUUGCGCCACAAGUUAUUAGAAUUAGAUUUUGUGGUGGGAGGUGGUCAUUUGUCUGUAUAGUAACCCCUGAGCAGCUGAGCAUCAGGGCAUGUGCAUGAGACACAGGUGGGGUUUUGUCAUUUCUAAAGAUGUACAGGACAAGUUAGCUGCAUUGCCAAACCGGGAGUCAACAAAUCACAAGAGUUGAUUUCAGGAAACAGUGGUGUGAAAUGUGAACAGUGAGAUGCUGAAGCUUUAUGAAAUGUAGCCGUCUCCUUCCUGGUACCAGUGAAUGCAGGGAAAGUGCAACUUUUGUGACGAGAAGAGCCGUGUGCCAAGUAGGACAGUUCUAGUCUGCAUAGUUCCCAUUCCCUCUUGGAUGUGUUUACAACAAGCCGGUGUUUGAGUUGAACACUGAAAUGUUGCCACUCUAAAUGUUGUACCUGCGGGGCUUGACCAUAAUGUUCUGCUCUAUUGCAAACUAACACGUUUUGUUAUUGUCAUUUCAAAUGAGAAUGCCUCUUUACUUCUCUGCCAAAACAUCUCAUACUGUAAAGAUUAUGUUUCUGUUCAAAUAUAUCUGUCACUGUUCUGUUGUUGCUGCUUGUGGUUCUUAUGAUUAUUUCAUGUGACUGUCUCUCGGUUUUAAUAAAAAAUAUAUUGUCAUGCUUACACA